AUGAGAAGGGAUGAAUAUUUAAGAAAACUCAAAUGGACAGUACCAAAUGAAAUGUUAGUAUUGAAAAACAUGUUCCAUGACAAAAUAAAACCAACUACAGAAAUAAAUGACGCAAGACUGAAACGUUGGGUAAAAGCUUUCCCAUUCACAAAAGAUAUUAUUGGUUACAUGGAAAGAAAACCAGAAUGGCUACAAAAACAUAUAUUUGGAAACGAGCUUAUUCCAUAUGGACAAGCUCUGUUUGAAGAGCUUGAACCGGAAACUCAGGAAAGAGUCAUGCAAACAAUAAGCGAAGACUCAAAUACAAACUAUGACAAAAUCUUUCUAGGAUAUAGGUUACCUGAGAUGGGCGACCAGAGCCCAAAGGCAAAAAGGACAUGGGAAAUUUACAACAUACUAGGUGAACAUGAGGCAAAGAUGCUACAACUUGAAGCAGAGGGCAAGUUACCAAAAGCGACACCAAAGAAGAAGAGAAGAGUAGAACAAAGUGAAAGUAGUGAAGAAGUAACUUCAUCUAGUGAAAGUAGUGGCAAUGAAGGAAAAAGAAGAGUUAAAGAUUCAGUUAAAAACUCAGUCAGGAAGAAAGUAAAGCUUGGUCCGAGUGGGUUCUAUUAUGACAUAUAA